AUGAUUAUAAAUUUGGAAGGAAAGACCUACGAAGAUGCACCUCUUCUGGGCGAGACUACUCUAUCUAGGACAUAUUUAGUUUUAAGCAUGCUUUUUUGCUCUUUAGUUCAUUUUAUAUGCCUUAGUUGGGUCAAAGAUGCUUUAGGAGAUAUGAUGGUAUAUCUUUUCUUAUGUUUAAUUAUAUCUCCAGUUAUUUUCAUGCUAUUUAUAGCUCCUACUAAUAAGGCUUUCACAUAUUAUUUAACUGGAGAAAUGAAAAUUAAUAAAAAUAAUAUCUUAACUAUUAUUGUCAUGAGUUUCGUCUCAUUUGGAUUAAAUUUCCUCAUAUCAUUGGCCCUAGUGAAGGAGUUGAUUAAUUUGUAUGAUGGAGAUAUAUUAUCUAUUCCUGUUCCAGUACACAUUGAUAAGUCACCCUACAUGACUCUUUUUUAUCUUGUUUUUGUAAUUGUUAUGCCUAUCGUAGAAGAAAGCUUUUGGAGAAUAUACAUCCCAAAAAGCUUCUCUAUAAGUAUCGAAUCUUAUAUUAUGAUAUCCUUAAUGUACGGGUUCAUGAAUUUUGUUAUUCUUUACUCAAUAUUUGGACAUCCUAUUUAUGGAUUGAUAGGUUUUAUCUAUGCUAUAUUAGUGCAUUUUAUCUUUACCUAUAUUCACUAGCAUAACAGAGCAAUUGGUCUCAUGUUGGUUUCCUUUGGAAUGCGUGCAGGCAUAGCCAUGAGCUUGUAUUUCUUCUUGUUUUUGAAAAUUAGAAAUGCAAAAUAUUCUUCACCUAGUCAACCUAAUUCUUUAUAGACUUCUAUGCAUGGUCAUAACUGA